AUGAGUACAAAAAUUACAACUAUUAUAGCAUCAGUUAUUGAAACUACAACUGCUACAUGGUUUGAUCUACAUGACUUUAGAACACACGUUCUAUGGGCAUUAAUUGUUGGUGUUGUACUGGCUUUUAUCCUUGGCUUUGCAAUGGGUGCCAAUGAUGUUUCAAAUGCAUUUGGAACAUCUGCUGGAAGUGGUGUUUUAUCGUUACGUCAAGUCUACAUAUUGGCAACAAUUUUUGAAACUUUAGGAGCUAUUCUAGUUGGAUACAACGUAACGGAUACAAUGCGAAAAAAUGUGGUGGACGUUGCACUGUAUAACAAUACACCAAAAGUGCUGUUUGUUGGACAAACUGCAAUACUUGGAGUUGCUUCCUGGUUCAUAUCACCUGUACUUUCUGGUAUCAUGUCAGGCAUCAUCUUUAUCAUUGUUGAUUUCGCUGUUUUAAGAAGAAAUAACCCCUUCAAGUGCGGUCUUCGCGCAUUUCCAUGUUUUUACUGGUGUUGUAUAGCAUUCAACUGUUUUGCCGUCACUUAUCAAGGAUCCAAAUUGUUGCAUCUUCGAUCGUUGCCACUAUGGGGUUCAUUUGUUCUUAGCAUUGGACUUGCCACUGUUAUUGCUCUUGGACUUCAUUUCAUUGCUGUACCACGUAUAAAAACAAAUAUUGAAAAAAAAGUACAAAAGGAACCAGUACCAGUCUACGACGAAAUUUGCGUUCGUAAAAUGUCCUUUGGUGAGAACAGACCGACUCUAACAGAUAUCGUCGAUGAACCCGACAACAAGGAAUCAGGCAAGCCUAAUAGACAAAAGGUAUGGAUGAUAAGUGAACAACAGUUGAGCUAUCCCGUAACACCCAGUUUAUCAACUAUGUCCGUUCUUUCUGAAUCCAAAAUUACACUGGCGUCAGAAAACCGCUUCAAACGAUUCUUUAAAUGGUUCUUGCCUAACCGCACCCGUCAAGAUGACUUAAAGACGAUGAAGGUAUUUACCUCCCUCCAAACUUUCACCGCUUGCUUCGCCGGCUUCGCGCACGGAGCUAACGAUGUUAGUAACUCAAUCGCUCCAUUGACAGCUUUGUUGUCUAUUUAUGGUGAUGGAGAUGUCAUGCAAACUGGUGAGACACCAAUAUAUGUAUUGAUUUUUGGUGUUGUAUCAAUCUGCAUUGGUUUGGUUGUUCUGGGAAAACGAGUCAUCAAGACUGUGGGUACAAAAAUGUCAACUGUAAAUCCAGCAAGUGGUUUUACCAUCGAAUUUGGCGCUGCAGUAACAGCGUUGCUUGCCAGUAAAGCCGGUUUACCGAUCAGUACAACGCAUUCACUGGUUGGAAGUGUUGUUGUGGUUGGUUGCAUAAAAUCGGGUAAUGGUAUUGACUGGACAAUAUUCCGAAAUAUUGUCAUCUCUUGGCUGAUUACCUUACCUGUAUCUGGUUUAGCUACAGCUGGUUUAACAUGUCUCUUCAAAUUGGCAGUUUAA